UUUAUUAGCCUUUAAUUACGUAGCUAGAAAGCCGUAUCUAUUUGAAUGACAGUCUGCGGAUUCAAAUUUCCAAGAAGUUGCGGCCUACCUAAUCAUCAUGCCUUUCUAAAGCUUAAACCUUUAACCACGUCGCUUGAAGAUGUUUUCUAGUCCAGAGAGGGACCAAAUAGAUAUAUAGGCGUUUUACUUCAGAUUUACAGCUAAUUUUUGGUUGAACAAGGGCUAUAUGAUAACUCGGGUUUGUGAACACUGUUUUCUGACGAAAUGGACAAAAACGUCAACAUUCAGCGCUAGUGAGCAUGACGACGCCAAUGUAAGGAGGUAGCUUAAAGUCAACUUGAAUCUAAGACCUUUCAACAGCCACAUUAUAACUUGAUUUAACUAGGUACUGCUUGUGCUUUUGUUUGUUUUUAUCUUUAUCGUGAUCGAGAACCUGAUUAGACACAUGGAAAAUUAUACUCUAAAAAAUACUUGUACUAAUAACCGGAAGAAACAACAUUCUGAUAAGAUUAAAAGGAAGUUAUCAUAUUGCUUUCAUAAUUAGAAAUUGCUAGUACUUAGUUAAUCCUAUUAUGGCAUAUUUUUUUUAAAUUGGAAACUUUGUGGCAAAGACCCAGCAAUAGUUCAAAUUUUGACCUUUAAGCUGAAAAACAAAACUCUGUUUUAUGAGGACAGAAGAUGUUUAAACCUAAGGGAGUUAUAGGUAUGUGUAUAAAGAAUUUUAGUUGCCAAUUAAAUCCAAUAUCUAGUUAUGCCUGACCUGAAGAUGUUACAAAGGCACUCAGAGAAUUUUUGAAACCAGCAAUGCUAAAACUGGAUUUGAUGAAUGAUUUUUACUAAAUUUCAUUGAUCUGGGUCUUCUUCAAAAAUUCGGAAUGUGACACAAUUGCUAAUUCUUUAAAGUGUAACCUAACCUUUAUCUUUUAUAAUGAAUUGUAAGUUAAUCUGAAGGGCAACUAUUCAGGGCAGGGCAAAGACCAAAUUUGUUGGGCAGCCAAAAUUAGAUAUGAUGCUGCAACUCUAGAUUUGUCUUAAUGCCUUUUCAUAUCGUUUUUUCGGAAUCCAUCUUCUUUUGGGGCAAAGAUCAGCAUUAUGGUUCCCUUUCAUAUCUUUAUAUUACUGACUAUGCUACCUCAUUUUUGAGCAUCUAUCAAUGAUGAAUUAUUUAGCCUCUUAUUCAUGAAUAUAAACACCAGUUAUUCAAGAUGGCAUAAUGCAUAUCACUGAACAAGUUCAUACUUCACAGUUAAUUACAUAAAUUAUUAACUUUGUAUUUAGAGAGUUUUUGAAAAGUGUAAACAAUUACAAUUAUUUUUCAUUGUGUUCUUUCAGACCCUUAUUCUGACCUUUUAUGCUGUUUUCUAUGAGGAGUGUCAGAUGAAAAAGCUUUUAGCCAAUAUGUUGUAAAAUGUUUGCAUUUUUCUAAGCCACUUUUAAGAGAGUUUUGCAUCUUCUUUGCACUUGAUUCUCAUUGUAUGCUGUUGGAAAAGGUUUUUGCAAGUAUAAAUUUUUGGAAGGUUGUGUAAAUGAAGGGUUCCCUGCAGCAGAAGCUGAUAUUUAACAACAGUUUGAGAUUUGAAAAAUGUUGUAUUUCCUUAAAAGUAUGAUGUUCAAUUUUCUUUUUGGAUUGAUUUUUGAUCAACUUAUUCUUGAGCUGUUUUCUGUUAAUAGAAUGUUCUAUAGGCUUUUUAUUUUAGUUUUUUGACAAACCCCCACACCAGGACCUUUAUCAAAUGCUCUGGAUAUCAUGUAUGUUAUGAUAGUUCAUUUGCAACCUGUCAGCUUAUUUUCAAAGUUUAGCCCAUUUUCUAGAAAAUGUGGUAUUGCAAGUUUUCCAAAAUGAAAAAAACUGGAAAAACAUAUGUUUUCUGAAAUUUCCCUAAAUUCUUUAUCUGAUAGAGAAUAAAAACUGACAUAUCCCCUGUAAGCUUUUUUAAAAAGAAUUCCACAGAUAAUUGAUCUAAGGAAGACUGAAAUUAUUCAUUUACCAUACUUUAGAGAGAUGUGCUUAAUAAUAGCACUUUGCUUCUAAAUUGGCUAGCUAGAUAGUCUUAAUUUUUUCUAAAGGGGUCUGGCUAGACCCAUUAUUCCUCAACAUGAGCAUCAACGUUAAAAUCUACUCCUAGUCAACAAAAACCAGCUUAGUUCAACUCGGCAUAUCCAUCCUAAAAUAUUAGCUGUCAAUCAAAUGUAAAACAAUAAUACUUCUCAGUUUCUGUGACAACAGACAGCAAAAUAAUGUCUUCUGAAAAAUGAGGAGAUUCCUGUCAGCAAGUAUGGGUGUUUAUAUUUUACAAAUGGCCUAAAUUAAAGGGCCGCCUUAUAAAUCUUCCAAUCUCACAAUAGUCACCUUCCAACAAUUUGGCUGUUGUGGAGGUGAAAUGUAUAGAAUGUUUCUUUACAGCAGUGUAAUUUUGCAGCUUCGCACUAGAUCUCAGGCUUGAUAGUAAAGCUUUGAUGAUUUAAUGUGCAAUCACACAUCUUAAAACACCCUGGUCUACAGGCUACUGGCCUAUAUUGGGUCAGGACAGUAAUUUACUUAAUUCAGUAUAAAACGAAUACUGCAACAAGAUAAUAAAGUGAAUUAGACUACUCUUUCUUUUUUCCCUUAAUUUCCUUGUCAUAUUAUUCUGCAGAAACAACUCUAAAAAUCUCAAAUUCAGUUUUUUAUGAGAAAGGUCCUGUCCCAGGUUUUUCCAUGUUGUGCUUAAAGUUCUCUAUAUUUCCAUAGUUCUGCUUGAAGACUAUGAUAAGGAUGACCAGAAUCGUCAAAAGAUGAUAAAAAGAAAGAUAAAAAGGGCUAUUUUGACAACAUUAUUAUAGGGAUAUCUGCUAACAUCUCGAUCAGUAUUAUCUAACCAUUUUGGCUGAAGCCAAAUUUAAACAAUCUUAUGGUCCAGGAAGAACAGACAAAUGCCGGACAUGGUAGUUAAACUGUCUCAACAGUCACCUUCCAACAAUUUGGCUGUUGUGGAGAUGAAAUGUAUAGAAUGUUUGGGACAGAGUCGAAAUCAUGUCCCAGACUACAGCUCCUUUUUUGUUGGCACUUGUUUCACGUCAUCUUGGAAAGGUAAUUGCGGGGGCAUUUCCAUUGCUUGAAAUUAACUUGCCGAUAUUCGAUGAAAUGGUUUUGGUUUUGAAUGGGAUUCUUUUAAAUAGUUUUGUAUAUUAAGGUCCGCACAAGGGUCUUGCAAACUGUUUUCGAGAUUUUGUGACGUCAUCAACUUUGGUCGAAGUUCGACUGCCUGCCGCUGGAGUUGAAUUGAAAUCUUUUAAACCAACCAAUUUUUUGUGCUCUCUUUUAGCAGUAUUUCAAACGAUGAAAAAAUUCAAAAAAACUUCGAUUUGACAUUUGUAUAUUGAAUUCGCUCACUACGUUUAUAUCCAGUUGAAAAGAUCAUAACGGGAGACGAUGAUUUUGUAACGCACCUCACUCCUGUCACGAUUCCAUAAGCGUAGGCCAUGUUCUUGGGGAGGACUAGACUUCCAACGAAUGUAGGCCUGUUUUAUUUCCCAGGAAGUAAUUUGCUUCAAUUUUUUUAUCCAAUCUUAUAAAAAUCAGUCAGAUCAAUAAAAGCAACUCGCUUCUCUGUUUUUGUUGAUCGUCUUAAAUUUUUCAAAAGCUUUUUCCAAAUGCAUAGCACGAUUUUCAAAUUGUGUGACGAUAUUAAAAAGGAUGUUCUAUUUUACAGAUUAAUUUGCAUUUCAUACUUUGUUGUCGUUAUUAAGGCCCAGAGUAGUGUGUUUUGUUGUCCUUUUGUUUGUUUAAGAAUAUAUUUAAGCUUCAAAGUAGCUUUUGUCUAUGCCUAAUCAUUUGGAAAAAUACUGAUCACAGCACCCGUUCUCUUUCUGAAUUUCUUUGAACCUAACCGAGUCAAAUUUCUUGCCUUUGAAAUAUCAGCCAUUGCUUUACGGCGCACACUGUUUGGUAGUUAUGACUUGCAAGCAUCUAGAGUCUCGAUAUUCUUCACGAAAAGUAUUUUCUUAACAAAAUGAUUAGCCGGAGUUUUGAUGGCCGUCGUCAAAAAGAGGCAAAAUGAAGAUUGGAAAGCGUUAUGUGAAGGCUCUCUGAUAAAGAACCACCUUCCUUCACUUGAGAAGGUGUAUCAGCAUGAUUUCAAGUCCAACGACACUGAAUUCCUCAAUAGUUACUUGAGACCGUUUGUGAUUCUGCUUGAUUCCAUCAGAUCUGCCAUUGAGCACCAUUAUUCGCAACUCGACAAUGACCAGGCGGACUUGGCAUGGCUAGCAAGAUUCGAGACCCUUGUAUCGACUAUCAUUCAACCAACGAUCUUGAAACUGAGUCUCCACAAAGGCGAUUUCUACGUACAUCUCUCUUCUACACUUCCACGCAAGCUCCAACUAAAAUUUUAUGAUUCAGGAACUACGCAGUCACGAACGUUGUCAACGGAUGAUUGCAUUUAUAUGUGUUCAGAAGACUGGGCAGAUAGUUUACGCAAAGAAGCGAAAAGCCGCUUCGUUUUUUCAAACUGCAUUGUCUGGUCAUCUCGGGGUUUGGAACGGAAGCCAUGGCGAAGUAUUUUCUCUCAGCAUUCCAGGCCUGGCGAACUAAGCACUCAAAUUUCAAUACAACGAGAAGAUUCAGUUUCCUUUGACAUGGAAGAACGAGACAAGCUGCUUACGGAACUAGAAGAAAAACCACUUCACAUUUUAGAGCUCGAUUUUGAAAUUAUUCAUAGUCAAAUUGCUUACCUGCCAGGGGCCAGAGACAAGCGCGGUGGUGCAGUAAUUGUCGUUCGCUCAUACGGAAGUUGCUGGGACAACUUUGAUGUAUCAAGCACUGAGCUGGCAAAAUUAUUUUUAUAUUAUUAUCAGAUACCAAGGCUAAGUGUUCAGAAACUUGGUUGCUCAUUGGUAGUUGACGCAAGGCAAGGGAAGCAAGUCCAGUAUGUUCUAGAAUGUAUUGGUGAAGCCAUCACUCUCUUCCAGGACAAAGUCCCAAAUGUCGUCCACAUGGCCUACGUUAUAACAAGAACUGAUUCACUUCUACUAAUGAUUGGCGCAGGCAGGAUUCGUGACAAGCUUAAUUUCCAGUUUCAGAUGAUAUCCAAUUUGCAAAAGCUAUACCAGGACAUAUCACAGGAUCAGCUCCCAGUUGAAUUUGGUGGGACUCUGUUGUACAACCACGAGAAAUGGAUAAAGUUUAGAACACAUCUUGAGCCGUUUAUGAUAAGUUGUCGGAGCGCCGCGAAGCACGCCAUGGCUUCUAUCAAGGAACUGGCUGAAAUCAAAUUAGGAGAUUCGGUGGCAGAGUGUGAGGCGCUGUUGGGACAGCAUAGGAAAGUUAUUAGUAGCGUUUUAGAUGAUUCUAGGCUUACUAACCUCAAAGAGGAAGGUAAAAAGAUUUUGGAGAGGCUUUCACAGCCGACUGACGAUAUUCCUAUGACCAUGGACUAUUCGGAUACUAAGGAAUGUGUACAAAAUUUGUAUCUACAAAUGGACAAUUUAUUUGAUAAGUUCCAAAAAAUAUCGAGUAGAAAGUCGCAAAAGCUGGAAACUCAGCUAAAGAUUUUUUCGUUUGAUGAAAACAGUGAAAAGAUUUUGAACUGGAUUGAUCGCGAAGGGAUGCCGUUUUUGCAGUCGCACAUUGAUAUAGGUGAUUCGAUAGGUCAUGUGACGUCAUUGCAAGCAGAUUUUUUAAAUUUUGAAACAUCAGCUGAGGAAACACUUAGUGAAACGAAGAAGAUGAUUGAAGCUGGCGAAGAUAUUGUGAAUUUGAAGGAUUUCAAUGAAAGAGAGAUGUCGUGGCUAAAGGAAAGGGUAGAAAAGUUAGCAAGCGCCCAAACUGAGUUCACUUCUAAGUUGGAGGAUAGAAGGAAACAGUUGUCUCAGGGAAUUGAGUUCUACAGGCUCUUUGAAAAGGCAUCUGACUGGUCGUUGCAGAGUCUUCGGUACAUCGCACAAAUGAACAUGGAGGAUUUGCAGACAUUGCAAGGCGUACAAAAGCUUAAAGAAGAACUUGAGACUUUCUUGAAAGAUAAUUCUCUGUUUGGGGAGAAAGAAAUGGCUCGAAUGACAGAGCUUGCUCAUCACCUAGAGAGCGAGCGUCUAAAAAUGCAAGCUGGGCAGAUAAGCACAAGGUGCAGUGAAGUGGAAGAAAUGAUUAAGAAGAAGUUCAAGACUGUAGAAUCAGCAGAAGCAAGACUACAGAAUUCCUUGAACUGCGCAAGCAGCGAAUCUUCAAGUGGAAUAGGAAAAGAUGAGGACCUUGCAACUGAAUGUGGCGAGGAUGUGAAGGAGCAAGAUGACAGCGUAGGCCCGAUGUUUAGUUGGAAAAGUGAUUCGGAGCGAGGCUAUGAUGAAAAUGAUGAGCUACUAGCGGCAUAUGAUGCGCAGAUUUCCUCAAAAUUAAAAGAGAAACUAUGCUACAUUGCCGAAGAGAUGAUCAAUACGGAGAAUGAUUACGUAGCGUCACUUGAAUAUAUUUUAAAGAACUACAUUCCUGAGCUUGAAAAGCCAUCUCUGCCUCCAACACUUGUUGGAAAAAAGAAUAUAUUAUUUGGAAAUAUUGAGAGAAUACACGACUUUCAUAAAAGGUACUUCUCUCAAGAACUAGAGAAUUACCUGCACACACCGUUGCAAGUGGGAAAGUGCUUUCUUAGAUGGGAGCGACAGUUUUACAUCUACGCUCUGUACAACAAGAAUAAGCCAAAAUCUGAUCAGUUAUUGGACGACUUUGGAAAUUCGUACUUUGCGGCCAAGCAAAACGAACUCAAAGAUAAGCUUAACCUCGCAAGCUACCUCAUUAAACCCGUACAGCGACUCGGAAAGUAUGCAUUGCUUCUUAAGGAUAUGGCUAAUUGCUGCUCUGCCAACGAUCCUCGAAUGAGCGAACUUCUGGCUGCUCAAGAUAUGAUAAAAUUUCAGUUGAGACAUGGAAAUGAUCUGUUAGCAAUGGACUCGAUCAGAGAAUGUGAUGUGAAUCUUCGUGCUCAGGGCUGCCUUUUGAGACAGGGAGAGUUCGUGGUGUACAGCAACAAGAAGAAACACGCAAGAAGAGUUUUCUUGUUUGAGGAAUUUAUUCUCUUUUCCAAAGCCAAAAAACAGGCUGUUCAAGGCGAUUGUUUUGUCUACAAAAACUCUUUAAAGAUUACUGACGUUGGUCUAACAGAAAACAUUGGUGAAAAAGGUCUUCGGUUCGAAGUUUGGUAUAGACGAUGGCGGAAGUCGAAAAAGACAGAGUCAUAUAUUCUUCAGGCGUCAAGUUGCGAAAUUAAAGACGCUUGGGUUUCUGAUAUCAGAAAGCUUUUACUGAACGACUUAAAACGAAGCAAGGAUUACUCACGUUCAGAGGCAACUACAGGAAUCAGUGUAGAAAGCCAGCCCUCUGGACUCUAUUCCGAAAAUUCUUCAUCUGUUUACCCUGCUACAACCCAAGUUUUUUCGCGAGCUCGAACUGACAGCCAGCCUAAAAUUGACGCACAGCCGUUUAACCAAAACAAGCGCCUGUCUUGGGUGAGCUCUGGCAGCGCAAACACCAGUGGGAUUCACGACAUGAGCGCUGAAAUCGAUGCAAACAGAAAUGAUCCAGUUCCUAACAAAAAUGCAGUCAAAUCAUCUAACUCUUUUACGUUACCUCGAAAACCCCCGUCUCAAUGGACUAAAGAUGGGGUCGAUAUGGAAGGCAGCAAAACUGCCUAUGCUCUUGUUGAUAUGCCGUUUAGAAACACUAGAUCGGGGGAAAGUGAAUACGAUGCAAGUUUUGUUCGAAAUACUAUCAAGCGAAGGACGCUUCAUGUUGAAUUCCCUAUUGACGUUAUAGUAAAGGAAACCACCAGUCGAACAGUCUCUAGUCCCAUUGCAACGGAUAGAAAAUCUGAGGUUUCGUCACCCAAAAUGCUAGAUGAAGUUGAUGAAGAGACGGAAAUUGCCAGUAGUAUUGAUGGAGAUGUCUUUGAAGCGCCAUCAGGAUCCCGGGGGAAAUCAGCUUCAGUAACGCAGUUGCCACCACUGUCACACUCGUCUCCUAAAGAAAUGCUGCAAAAGAGCACGCCGUGUCUAACGGCAAGUACACCGCCGUCAUCAAGAAACUCCGGAGGCAAAUUUACAUUCCCUGCAAAGAAACAUUCAGAAAGUUCAAAGGAGAAAACCAAAGAGAAACAGAAAAAACAAGGCAGAAGAAUCUCGCUCGGCGGCCUUAUUGGCAAGAAAAAGAAGACAUCUUCAGCUGGCUCUGAGAAGGACAAAUAGAAGAGUGGAUCCAAGUUGCUGGUUUUAGAGAUUCGAUCAACUUGUUUCUUCUGGAUUGGCUUACCUAUUGCCAGAACUGCGUGUCAUUGGCCUCAGGAUGUUUUGUGGUGAAUGGUAGAGUCUACAGUGUCUGUUUAUCUGUCGAUCUUGUUCGUAACUAAACAGCGGUUCUUGUUCAGAGAAAAUUCACGACGUGUUUUUUUACAUAAAUUGGGGUAUCGCUUGUUAGAUAACAAAGGGUCGAGUUUAGAAAGAACUUUAUUGUACAUUUAGUAGUGUUAAAGUGAAUCGAAUUAAUGGUUUUACUAAUGUAUCAAAUUUUGUCAAGGAUUAUCAGUGGAGUUCUGCUACAGUCAGCUAGUGCUGCUCGUAUUAUUAAUCAGUAUGAAUGUUGUAGGGUAUUUUUAUCGUGUUCGGUCUAACACAAGAUUACUGCUGAGCUGAUCUUUUAUGCUUCUAGUUCGGUUUUCUUUUUGGCCUGAGUUAGCCAACGCCGGAUUGGCUUCAUUUUGGAUUGCCCUCACAAUCCGAGGCGAUAGCACUCCGCUUUUGGGGGUGUUUGCACGGCUAUGAUUUGACAUUUACCCCUUUCUUGCUUUCGUGUUACACUACGCCGCUUACUUUGGGCAGGUGAGAGACAUUUUUUUGGUAAUUGGGCGAAGCAGCUUCUUUGACAUCAAAAUAUUGGCGCCACAAUAAAACAACGGGGAUGGUAGAAAACAAAGUGAAAUUUCCUUUGUUAAAAUGGAUCUAAAGAUGGAAAGAAACAUCAAGAAAAUGUUUUUGUUUGGACGGAAAGUGAAGCGGAACUUGUCUCUGGAAUAAGUGCACGCUUUUUUAGCAAGAUGAGAGGUAAAGAGGCAGCUUGCUUAUGGCAAGGCAGUGGGGUGAACAUUACUGGGGCGUUUACACUGGAUAAAAUGCGUAGCGGAGUACUUCGGGUUGAUCUUCACUACACUCCUGAGUAGAGUGACUUUGACUCCGGUUUGGCAAUCCGAAAUGCUUCGAGUGAACCCAAUCCGGUGUCGUGUAACUCGGGCCUUAGCCUGUUAUGGCGAUGUCAAUGGAUACAUAAAGGUAGGCAAGUCAAGAGGCUUUCUUCGUUACGUCUUAGGUGUUUUAUGUUUGGUCUUGAAUAGUUCGCUUCUUUUAACUGAACCUAGUUUCGGCUAGUGCUCAAUUUAAGUCAAUCAAAGUUAUUUGGGCGUAUACCGCAAGCUGAACAAUAAAUACUUUUAAGAAUAGCCUUAUUUUAAUUAUGAAUAUAUUAAUUUUAAAUUUUAGGUUUUUAUGAUGUUUAUGAAGCUGAACUGUCAAAUGCUGGCUUUUCCUAGAGAUUUCAACCCUAUUUUCAGAAAUCACUUUUUAACUUAGUCCCAGUGCAAUGCAAUCCAGAAUCAAAAUCAUUGAGUGAUUUACCCUGUACGACAAGUACCCACACACCGGUCCUGUUUUAUUCGACUUUGCCAAAUUAUCACAUGACCCCUCACAUUCGGCAUGCAAACGAGGCGAAAUUGGUUUUCCGUUGUUUUUGAAAAAGACAAAUCUUACAAUGCCCUACACAAAAUGGUUUUCUCAGUUCAAGCUGACAAAAAACUCCUUUAACAUUUAUACGCUCCCCUUGCUGGCGUCGGUUCCCAGGAAAAUUGCCCUUUGCCUCCUUCUAAGUAUGCUCACUUAAUUUUGCAAAGUGUAACUGUACUAAGUUAGUUUUGCAUGACUCGAAACUGUUUUUUGCUCUUUGGUCCAAUUUAGUUUUUUUGCAUCGACAUAUUGUCCGUUUUUGCAAUGGCUAUACAAAAUUUGAAAUUAAUCCCGAAAUUGUGCUUUUUCUGUUUGGAUUUUCAUGGUCUUGGCAGUCAUUCCCUUUUUAUAUAAUUACUUGUACUAUAAUAUUGUUUUUUAAUUGCCGAACUGGUACAACCAAAGGCUUUAUUUCUUCCCAUUACGACAAUGUUUUUGUCAACAGUCAUUCUAAAAACAUAAAUUGUGGUUUUUGUAUCACAGAGCUUUGUUGCUUUUGGUUGUUCCCUGAUAGCAAUUAUAUUUAUAGCAAACAUAUUGUGAGUAAUUUGCAUAUAUUAGACAUAAUUUUGUACGUAAUACUUUUUGCAAUUGUAAAACUAUAUUCUUUUAGUGGCUAUGGAGAUAAAAUGAUUUAACGAGACAGUGAUAAUAGCGUUGUAGAUGCAGUGUCCACAGCAUAAAUCUUACUGUGUUUCAUAUCAGCUGCAAUUCUGGAGACAUAUACUGCAGCAAAUCAGUGUACACAUUCUUUGCGCGUUCUAAGGAAUACUUUUAUUCAUUCGUCAAAUUCCUCUUACACAUUAUACCAACCACGCUUUUGUGGCAAAGAUGUUACCAAAGACCGAAUUCAGAUUUUCUACUCGGAAGAAAUUUGUAGCUAAUAACUGUUCUUGCGAGAUCAAGUUGUAGAGGAUAUCAUGCUAGUGUAGUAUAUAUUGCGAAUGAAUUUUGUUAAAUGCUCCGCAAGAAUG